AUGGGCCCUACGCACUCCGGCCGCAAUACCAAAUUUGUAUACCCCGAUUCAGUAGGGAUCUUCGUCUUCAUAUUCCGUCUUUACCGGGAUUCUGUACUGGCCCCGAGUACCAUAUGGACUACACUAGAACGCGUCUGUCCCUUGGCCAUCAGAUCGGUUGGCGGGGCCAUCCCGCAACCGGGUCCCCACGAGUGCCACGAAUGCCACGAGUGCCACGAGUCCCACAUGUCCUUCUCCGUACCGACCUUUCAGUGGAUAAGGUCCACUCCUGCUCCAACAUCUGUCGCACGGGAGGACCAGAAAAGGGGUAUCGCCAAGUUUGUGGAGUUGCUGCGAAAACCUACCGACGGCCCUAUCUAUGACCCCAGAUUGUUUGUAUAUGAAGAGUGGGUGAAGGGCGAAGGGCGCCGACGACACGACGACGACGACAACAACGACGACAAAAAAGCAGCGACACCCAACUUGCUCAACUUGUUCCUGCCAAGUUAUUUUGAAACGUAG